ACUUUUGCAAGAUGUUCUACUUUCUUGAGCAUGUGCACAUCUCUGUAUCUGGAAACAGUAUCCUAACACAUAUUAUUCUAAGAUACACUAAUAGCAAGUGUAAAUAUGUACAUAUGCUGUAUAAUCUUAUUUAAUGGCUUCUGAAUGUGUUGGUUAAUUGAUAUACACUAAUAGUUAUAUGAUAUGACAUAUUAUUCUUGUUGGUUAAUUGCACUUGAGGCUAUUCCGUUUUUGGUCAUUCUGCUGUCUUGUUAGAAUAAGAUUCCGUCAAAAAGAAGGUUAUGCCUUGUUGUACAUCACACUCUAAAUGGAAAUGAAGAACAUCUCCUAAUCUGGUAAGUGUAAAGUGAUUCAUGAUCACUCUAUGAGGUUAUUGGGAUGAUGACGAAGGCGUGUGACCUUGGCAAAGUCCACUGUUAUUUGAAAUGUUGGGAAGGAUCAACCAAAAGUUAACAAAAAAUAGAAUAUAAAUUGUGUUGAUGCGAACUUCUUUCUUGAAAAAGCAGAUGAUGGGAUAUGUCUAGUUUUAGUGUUACUGUUUCGUAUUUACUAUUUCUUUCUUAAAUAUAAGAUGUUUGAGUGUUAACAUUGCUGGGGUUUGAUCAGUCUGGCUAACAUUUGCUACUAAAGGCAACAAAGAAGGAAAGAUAAAGUGUAACCUAGCCUAUGGCGGGAUAUCAGCAAUGGAAGCCUGUUGCUGUAAUAUUGGCUGUUUACUUUGUGAUUGCAGUAUUAAACAUCUUAUUUAAGAAGAUUCUUGACGAGGGUUCAAAUCAGUUGGUUAUAAUCACAUACAGACUGACUUCUGCUUCAAUAUUUUUGGCACCCAUUGCCUACUUCUGUGAAAGGCAAAGUGGAGUAAAGCUCACAACUUCAAUCUUAUGCUAUACCUUCUUUAGUGCUCUCAUUGGGGCAACGCUCACUCAGUACCUGUAUCUUCUUGGGACACAAUACACAUCUGCUGUAUUUUCUAGUGCAUUCGCCAAUAUGAGCCCUGUAUUCACUUUCCUUUUGGCUUCACCUCUAGGGCAAGAGAAAGUGUACUUGAGAAGCAAACAUGGGAUAGCUAAAGUGUUAGGUUCACUUACUUGCAUCGGUGGAGCUAUACUACUCAUCCUGUACAGAGGAAUUCCACUGUCCACAUAUCAUGCUAAGCAUUUGAGUACGCCUUCUAAGUCUGGCAGCAAGGAAAAAUGGAUUCUUGGUUCAAUUUUCCUUCUGUCAAGCGCCGUGUGUUGGUCUGGAUGGUUUCUUAUACAGUCAAAGAUUGGCAAGAAAUACCCACGUAAAUACUCGAGCACAGCCUUGAUGUCAUCUUUUGGUGCUGUUCAAUCAGCAAUUCUAUGCUUUGCCAUCAACAGAGACAUUGCAAUAUGGAUUCUGAGGGGAAAGCUGCAAAUCUUUACUGUGCUAUUUGCUGGAAUUUCGGGGUCAGGACUAUGCUAUGUUGGUAUGUCAUGGUGCGUUGAACAGAAGGGCCCAGUGUUUACUGCAGCAUUCAGCCCUUUCAUACCAAUUUUUGUUACCAUAAUGGAUUUCGCCUUCUUUCAUGAACAAAUUUAUCUUGGAAGUGUUAUAGGAUCCAUCACGGUUAUAUGUGGUCUAUAUAUGCUAUUGUGGGGUAAAAGUAAUGAAGCGCAACAUAACAUCAAUAGGCCAGCUGAAGCAGUGGAAUGCCAUGGAAAUUCUGCAACUGGGAUCAACAUUAUUUGAGUCUCCUCCAAUUCAGAAUGCCCCUUGUAGCUCAAUUUGAUGUAUUUGUUCUCUAAACAAUAAGAUUAUCAAGUUCUUUGGAAAUUAGUAAAACCUGUUGGAACCAUUUUGUAUUGUACUUCGUAUUAGUUACAAUUAUACAAAAGUAUAGCAAUAAUGCUCUUUUUGAGAAAAUUGCUCAAUUAAAAAAAAAAAAAAAAAGCUUUCCCAGUCGAGCAAUACAAAAUCUACUUGUGCUACAGAGUACAGUCUCAUUUUGAAGUGCAUUUAUAUUGUUUUUUUUCCUUUUUUUUUUUUUUCUUUUUUUUUUUUUACGGGCUUUUAUACUAGUAUCAUUUUAUAUAUAUAGAUUUUGUGUAAUUGGUUGAAUGAGGCUAUAAUAUAUUUAUUGGUUUAUCGUCUACAUUUGUAAUCUACUCACUAAAUUUUUCAUAAAAAAUAAUAAUAAUAAUAAAAAAUCUAUCCACCAAAUUUUCUUGAAACUCGGAAUCAUAUUCUUAGACUAGAGCGUAGCUUUCAUUGCAUUAUGAGUAUCUAAUAAGACCAAAUCUUAAGGGGUGUUCUCAAAACCUAAGAUAUCUUGUCUACAUCACUUGCCCUUGUCGCUCCCUCUACUCUUUAAAAGGAAAAAAAUUAAAGUUGUUCAACUCCGUCCUUAAAUUUUCCUUACAUUAAUGUUGGGCAUCUUGUCACCGACAAAUUGG